AUGGAGGCUAGGAGCCGCAGCGCUGAGGAGCUGAGACGAGCCGAGUUGGUGGAGAUUAUCGUGGAGACCGAGGCGCAGACGGGGGUCAGCGGUAUCAACGUAGCGGGCGGCGGCAAAGAAGGAAUUUUCGUCCGCGAGCUACGCGAGGAUUCACCUGCAGCCAGGAGCCUCAGCUUGCAGGAAGGGGACCAGCUGUUGAGUGCCCGCGUGUUCUUUGAGAACUUCAAGUACGAGGACGCGCUUCGCCUGCUGCAAUGCGCCGAGCCUUACAAGGUCUCCUUCUGCCUGAAGCGCACUGUGCCCACGGGGGACCUGGCCCUGCGGCCCGGGACGGUGUCUGGCUACGAGAUGAAGGGCCCGCGGGCCAAAGUGGCCAAGCUGAACAUCCAGCAUCUGUCCCCUGUGAAGAAGAAGAAGAUGAUGCCUGGGGCCCUGGGGACCCCUGCAGAUUUGGCCCCUGUUGACGUCGAGUUCUCCCUUCCCAAGUUCUCCCGACUGCGUCGGGGUCUCAAAGCUGAGGCUGCCAAGGGGCCUGUCCCAGCUGCCCCUGACCGUCGACGUCUCCAGCUGCCUCGGCUACGUGUCCGGGAAGUGGCCGAAGAGGCCCAGGUAGCACGAAUGGCUGCUGCUGCUCCUCCCCCAAGGAAAGCCAAGGCCGAGGCUGAGGUAGCUACAGGAGCUGGGUUCACAGCCCCUCAGCUAGAGCUAGUUGGGCCUCGGCUGCCAAGUGCUGAGGUGGGUGUCCCCCAGGUGUCAGCUCCCAAGGGAACCCCAUCAACAGAGGCAGCCAGUAGCUUUGCCCUCCAUCUGCCGACUCUUGGGCUAGGAGCCCCAGCGGCACCAGCUGUGGAGCCCCCAGCCAUAGGAAUCCAGGUUCCACAAGUGGAGCUCCCCACCCUCCCCUCUCUUCCCACACUUCCAUGUCUGGACACCCAGGAAGGGGCUGCAAUGGUAAAAGUCCCCACUCUGGAAGUGGCAGCACCUUCUGUGGGGGUGGACCUGGCUUUGCCAGGUACAGAGGUGGAGGCCCCAGGAGAGGUACCUGAGGUGGCCCUGAAGAUGCCCCGCCUCAGUUUCCCCCGCUUUGGGAUUCGAGGGAAGGAAGCUACUGAAGUCAAGGUGGUCAAGGGCAGCCCCGAGGCUAAAGCAAAGGGUCCCAGACUUCGAAUGCCCACCUUUGGGCUUUCUCUCCUGGAGCCCCGGCCCUCUGGUCCUGAAGCUGGAGCUGAGAGCAAGCUAAAGCUACCUACCCUCAAGAUGCCCUCUUUUGGCAUUGGCGCAGCUGGGUCUGAGGUCAAGGCCCCCAAAGGGCCGGAAGUGAAACUCCCUAAGGUUCCUGAUGUCAAACUACCGAAAGUGCCUGAGGCAGUCAUUCCAGAUGUGCGACUCCCCGAGGUGCAACUGCCCAAAAUGUCAGAGGUGAAACUUCCAAAGAUCCCUGAGAUGGCCGUACCUGAUGUUCACCUUCCGGAAGUGCAGCUGCCCAAAGUCCCUGAGAUGAAGCUCCCGAAGGUGCCUGAGAUGGCUGUACCUGACGUACACCUCCCAGAUGUACAGCUCCCAAAAGUUCCAGAAAUGAAACUACCAGAGAUGAAGCUCCCGAAGAUGCCCGAGAUGGCCGUGCCCGAUGUUCGACUUCCGGAGGUUCAGCUGCCCAAAGUGUCGGAGAUGAAGCUCCCUAAGAUGCCCGAGAUGGCCGUGCCCGAUGUUCGACUUCCGGAAGUUCAGCUGCCCAAAGUGUCGGAGAUGAAGCUCCCUAAGAUGCCCGAGAUGGCCGUGCCCGAUGUUCGACUCCCAGAAGUUCAGCUGCCCAAAGUGUCAGAGAUGAAGCUCCCUAAGAUGCCCGAGAUGGCCGUGCCCGAUGUUCGACUCCCAGAAGUUCAGCUGCCCAAAGUGUCAGAGAUGAAGCUCCCUAAGAUGCCCGAGAUGGCCGUGCCCGAUGUUCGACUCCCAGAAGUUCAGCUGCCCAAAGUGUCAGAGAUGAAGCUCCCUAAGAUGCCCGAGAUGGCCGUGCCCGAUGUUCAACUCCCAGAAGUUCAGCUGCCCAAAGUGUCAGAGAUCAAAGUGCCUGAUGUGAAACUACCUGAAAUGAAGCUUCCAGAAAUAAAACUGCCCAAAGUGCCUGAGAUGGCAGUGCCCGACGUCCACCUCCCAGAGCUGCAGCUUCCUAAAGUAUCAGACAUGCGACUGCCUGAAAUUCAAGUGUCGCAAGUCCCAGAGGUGCAUCUUCCUAAGGUGCCAGAGAUGAAGUUGUCCACGGUUUCUGAGGUGCAGAGAAAAGCCGUAGGGGUGGAGCAGGCAGAAGGGACUGAAUUUAGUUUCAAGUUGCCCAAGGUGACCUUGCCCAAGUUAGGGAAGGUGGGCAAGCCCAGUGAGGCAGGUAUUGAGAUUCCAGGUAAACUCAUGACACUUCCCUGUCUGCAGCCAGAGGUGAGCAGUGAGGUGACUCCUGUUAGUGUCCCCUCCCUCUCUCUGCCCUCUGUGGAGCUUGACUUGCCUGGGGCCCUGGGCCUGGAAGGACAAGUCCCCAAAGGCCCCUCGGCCAAAGUGGAGAAGCCAGAGGGCCCCAGGGUGGCAGCAGAUGUUGGAGAGGUAGGCUUCCGGGUGCCCUCCGUGGAGAUCGUCACUCCACAGUUGCCCACGGCUGAAGUUGAGAAAGAGCAGCUAGAGAUGGCAGAGUUGAAAGUCAAACCCACUUCCAAGUUCUCUCUGACCAAAUUUGGACUUUCGGGACCCAAAGGGGUCAAGGCCGAGGUGGAGGGGCCUGGGCGAGCCACCAAGCUGAAGGUCUCCAAGUUUGCCAUCUCACUCCCCAAAGCUCGAACUGGGACCGAAGCUGAAGCGAAGGGAGCUGGGGAAGCAGGGAUGCUGCCUGCCCUGGACCUGUCCAUCCCACAGCUCAGCCUGGAUGCUCAUCUGCCCUCAGGCAAAGCGGAGGUAGCAGGGGCUGAGAGCAAGCCCAAGGGGCCCAGGUUUGUGUUGCCCAAGUUUGGGGUGAAGGGCCGGGACUCGGAAGCUGAAGUACUAGUGGCAGGGGAAGCUGAGCUUGAGGGAAAAGGCCGGGGCUGGGAUGGGAAGGUGAGGAUGCCAAAGCUUAAGAUGCCAUCUUUUGGACUGUCCCGAGGGAAGGAAGUAGAAGUUGAGGAUGGACGUGUUAGCCCUGGCGAAAAACUGGAGGUCAUAACUGGUCAGCUUAAGAUUCCUGAGAUAGAACUGGUCACACCAGGAACUCAGGAGGUAGAAGCUGUUGCCAGUGGAGUGAAGCCAUCAGGCCCGAAGGUGUCCACCACUGGGCAGGCGGUUGUGGAGGGCCAAGAGGGAGUGCUAAGGGUGCCUACCCUGGGCAUCUCACUGCCCCAGGUAGAACUGACCAGCUUUCGCGAGGCAGGAACUGAAAUUGCAGCUUUAUCUGCAGAGGGCACAGCAGGCUCUAGGGUCCAGGUGCCCCAGGUGAUGCUGGAUCUGCCUGGAACCCAGGUGGCAGGUGGUGAUCUCUUAGUAGGUGAGGGCAUCUUCAAGAUGCCCACAGUCACAGUGCCCCAGCUAGAGCUGGAUGUCGGGCUGAGCCAUGAAGCCCAGGCUGGUGAAGCAGCCAAGAGUGAGGGUGGCUUGAAGCUGAAGCUGCCCACCCUGGGUGCAGGAGGCAAAGGAGAGGGUACUGAGCACGAGGACCCCGGGGCGCAGCGCACCUUCCAGCUCUCAGUGCCUGACGUGGAACUCUCUUCCCCAGUCAGCAGCCAUGCUGAGUACCAAGUGGUCGAGGGAGAUGGGGAUGCUGGACACAAACUCAAGGUUCGGCUGCCUCUGUUUGGUCUGGUGAGGGCUAAGGAAGGAGUGGAAGGUGGAGAAAAGGCCAAGAGUCCAAAGCUCAGGCUGCCUAGAGUGGGCUUCAGUCAAAGUGAGGCAGUCUCCGGAGAAGGCUCUCCAAGCCCUGAGGAGGAGGAAGAGGGCGGUGGGGAAGGAGCUUCUGGUCGCCGGGGUCGGGUCAGGGUCCGAUUGCCUCGUGUAGCCUUGGCUUCCCCUUCCAAAGUCUCUAAGGGACAAGAGGGUGAAACAACUUCCAAGUCCCCAGUUGGGAAGAAGUCACCCAAAUUCCGCUUUCCCAGGGUGUCCUUAAGCCCCAAGGCCCGGAGCGGGAGUAGGGACCGGGAAGAAGGUGGAUUCAGGGUCCGACUGCCCAGCGUGGGGUUUUCAGAAACAGCAGCUCCGGGCUCCACAAGGGUUGAGGGAACCCAGGCUGCUGCCAUCUGA